UCAUUUAAUAAUGUGAACAACCCACUCAUUCAUGUCAAGCAACAGGAAUGAAUGUUUUAUUAAGUACUCUUUAGUCAAUGUUUUGCAGAAUAUGCUUGAAAAGGUUGAGUUGUCAUUUAGUGCCUUAGCUCAAGCUUUUAAAGGACAUACACUAAGGCUAGAUCUCUAACUGAGUAGAUUGGUGAAAAGAUGGGAUUAAUUCGGUCCAGUGUCAAGAAAUCAGCCAGAAUUUGACAAAUGGCUUGAUACACUGAAAAGCAUGCUGGAGUUUCCUGUGUCACUGCCUCAGUGGAUGAUAUUCAGUUUGAAGAAACAGCUAGAGUUGGACAAGUUAUAACCAUCAAAGCAAAAGUGACUAGAGCCUUCAGCACAAGCAUGGAGAUCAGUAUCAGGGUCAUAGUACAGGAUAUGCUCACUGGCAUUGAGAAACUUAUUAGUGUGGCUUUCUCGACAUUUGUAGCCAAACCAGUUGGGGAAGAAAAGAUUCAUUUGACACCAGUUAUACUUCUAACUGAGCAAGAUCGAGAAGAACAUAAUCUGGCUUCAGAGAGACGAAAAGUUCGACUGCAACAUGAAGACACAUUUAACAACUUAAUGAAGGAAAGUAGCAAGUUUGAAGGUGCCAUGCGUGAAGAGGAAGGAGCGGUUGCUACCAGGGGCACUUCCGUUCAGAGCAUUGAACUUGUACUCCCGCCCCAUGCAAACCAUCAUGGAAACACAUUUGGUGGCCAGAUUAUGGCUUGGAUGGAAACAGUAGCUACUAUUUCUGCAAGCCGCCUGUGUCCAGCACAUCUCUUUCUGAAGUCAGUGGAUAUGUUCAAAUUCCGGGGGCCCUCUACAGUUGGGGACCGGCUUGUCUUCAGUGCCAUUGUCAACAAUACAUUCCAGACAAGUGUUGAAGUUGGCGUGCGCGUGGAGGCCUUUGACUGUCAGGAAUGGUCCAAGGGCCAAGGCCGUCACAUCAACAGCGCUUUUCUCAUUUAUAAUGCUGUUCAUGAUCAGGAAGAGCUCAUCACCUUUCCCAGAAUCAAACCCAUUUCAAAGGAUGAUUUUCGACGUUACCAGGGAGCUAUUGCAAGGAAGAGAAUUCGCCUGGGAAGAAAAUAUGUUAUUUCCCACAAAGAAGAGAUUCCACUCUCCAUACACUGGGAUAAAAGUAAGCAGGCAUCCCUAAGUAGUGACAAUGUGGAAGCACUGAAGAAGAUGGCAGCCAAAAGUGGCUGGGAGAUUUCCACGGCUUUGGAAAAGAUAAAAAUAUAUACUCUGGAAGAGAAAGACAUUUUAUCUGUUUGGGUUGAAAAGCAAGUGAGAAGCCCAGCACAUUUGGCUUAUCAUCUCUUGUCAGAUUAUACAAAGAGACCUUUGUGGGACCCACAUUACAUAUCCUGUGAAGUCAAAGACCAUGUAGGUAAGGAUGAUCAGAUAUAUCAUGUCAUCUGUCCUAACAUCAAUGGCAAUAAACCAAAGGACUUCGUAGUACUUGUAUCACGAAGAAAGCCUCCCAAAGAUGGUAACACCUACGUGGUGGCCACCAAGUCAGUCAUCGUGCCGUCAGUGCCACCAUGUCCACAGUACAUCAGAAGCGAAGCCGUGUGUUCUGGAUUUCUGAUCGAGGCUGUGGACUGCAGUUCAUGCACCGUCUCUUACCUUAGCCAAAUGUCAGCUAGCAUCCUUCCUUACUUUGCUGGCAAUCUCGGUGGCUGGUCAAAUUCCAUUGAAGAAACAGCAGCUUCCUGCAUAAGAUUCAUAGAGAAGGCUACAAAUGAUGGACUUCUGAGUGAGAUUUAAAUGGCCCACUCACAACUACCUGUAAUUUCAUUUUCCACUUUUACUUCCAGGCAUCCUUAGUCAUGACACUUGGAACUACACAUAAUUUAAUAUCAGCCUAAGUAAAAUGCAGUUAAGAAGAGGUUAAAACCCAAAACACAUCUCCAGUCGAAUCCCAGUGAUUCGGAUUAGCAUUAAAAGGGCUUUGACCUGUGUUUGAGAAGACCCGUGGCACGGCCUCUCCUGGGGCACAGAUACUGGAAAACUGCCCGAAAGAAAGAUUGUAUGUCCUGAAAAAUGGUACAAAUCCAGUUAAAAUUGUUAUAAACAACGUUUAGGCUACAGAAUUGCAAUGUGUGUUCUGUUGGAAAGUUUAUGAAAUAUUAAAAAAAUGUUUUUCUAUCCGUUGAUGAAUAUGUGGCAUUGUUCCAUACAUGCAUAGCAGGUAUCUCUGUCCAGGGCAUCUGACAAGAUGUGCUACAUGUUUUAGAGCUUUAAAUUAGGAAGAUGUUAAACAUAAUGGAAUUCAAUCAA